AUGAGACUUCCCAUCCAACUCUCGUCGGAGGAAAUCUUAGAAGUCGAUCUCGAGUAUGAAAAGCUUGAAAAGCAUUGUUUCCUAUGCUUCUCUCUCUGUCAUGAGAAAGAAAAUUGCCCUUCCAAUAGGGAAAAAGCUAUCACGCAAGACAUCUCUCAAGGCAUCAGUCAACAAAAUACGCUGAGGAAAUUGGAAGAGCAUCAUCGCAAGCAUGAUGCUAGAAAAUCAAAUUCUCUACACUCCAGAGAUAGAGAUUGGGAUUCUAGAGAACUACGCCAUAAUCAGAGGUCGGUUUACUCGAGACUACAGGAACCAGAGAGGAGUCGUUACCCCCACUUAGAAGUAUCAAGAUCUUUCAACUCCAGAGAUAGAGACCAGAGGUAUCAAGGGGAACAGCGAGGUGAUCGAGGUCGUCUUCCUGUCAGGGACCAAUCCUCCCAUCACAGCUACCCAUCACACCACCGUUCUCCAACUAGGAGAGCUUCUAGGGGUCCUUCCCCUUCUCAUAGAAGUGGGGAGGAUCGAAGGAAUAUUUCAAUGAGUCAGAAAUCCCAAAGCUCAAGAACACCUCCACCAAGACCUCCCAGAGAGGAAAUGAUAUUACCGGUGGCCCAGGAACAAGGUGAAGUGAUCAGUCAUUCUCGUGAAAGAAUCUCGGCGCUGGCGAGAAUAGAAGAAGGCAAUAACCACUCCUCAGGCAGAAUCCCAGCCUUGGAAAGACUCGAACCUCCCGUAGAGAACAAUAACCCCUCUGCUGGCAGGGUCUCUGCUUUGGAAAGAAUAGAAGCCCCUACACAAGAACCACAAAGAACAACAGGUCUCUCUACCUCUCUCCUUGCAAGACUCCAAGAUGUGGAAGUGUGA